AGAGCUGCUGGUGCUUGUCAUUUGUCAGGAGUGGCUAACAGAUCCAGAUCAAACUUGAACCGUUACCAGACCCAUCUUCGUUACUACCACCACCUGCAACGAUCACGAUCUUCAACUCCACCAACAUAACCAGAACCACUACCACUGUCACUAACAGAAUCACCUCCACAAGUAGAAGCUUGUACCAUGUUUAACUGUAACACCACUUCCAAGUAUUAGAAAAGAUGCCUCUCUCUUUUCCGCUUUUGCAGGAUCAUUUGCCUUAAUGAAUGUUGAUCACUCUUUUGUUUCUUUUUGUUUUGGGUAUGUGCAGGUAUUAGAACAGAUGCCCCGAGUCAUUUCAUCUGUGGAGGCCAAUCUAUGUUAGUUAUCACCGUCCUUAUAGUCCAUAACAAAGUGCAUACUUCCUUUAGCUACGUUGUUGUACCAAUUCAGUACGAAUCUAUGGGCAUAGUUCGUGGGAAGCUGGAUCAGCUGCGAAGAUGCUUUGAGGUGCAAUUUGCUGCGGGUAGGGACCUCAAGCCUGGGCAACUCAGGAGCAUGAUACAGACAUUGUCAUCCUGGUUAAGUACUUCGGACAGUCCUCUUGUUUCAAUCCAAGAUAAAGAUCAAAUGGGAAGAUCUUGUAGAUGUCUAUUUGCUGGUGACUUGGUUGAUUAAGUACCAUUGCUAGUGCUGGAGUUGGAAGGACUGGUCAUUAUAUAGCUUGUUACUGACUGAAGGUACAGAAAUCUGGGAAACCGGAUAGACAGAAAUCCAGUUCUUU